CUUUCCCGCCGCGGGACGGGGCGGGGCACCCCUGGUCCCGCCCCUGCCUGGGCACCGCCUUCCCAGGUUGAUGGCAGCAGCAGCUGGGACUGCAGGGGCGCAGGGCCUCGGAGAGCUGCAAGCAGCGGCGGGAGAGCGCAGUAGAACACCCAGGCCCCAGACGCUACGGACCCCCGGAGAGGCAGUUCCGGCGCCCUGACGCCUACUUCGGCCCCGGUGCGCCCCCAGCUCCCUCCGCAGAGCUGUCGCAGCGUGAGCGCCCCUCUGCCGGCUCAGGACCAGGACUAAGGACCAGAGGCACUUCUGGGCACUGAGAGCCUCCAUCGCAGCCCCCAGCCAUGAGCCGGCGUGUGGUUCGGCAGAGCAAGUUUCGCCAUGUGUUUGGGCAGGCAGCAAAGGCUGACCAGGCCUACGAGGACAUCCGCGUGUCCAAGGUCACGUGGGACAGCUCCUUCUGUGCCGUCAACCCCAAAUUCCUGGCCAUUAUUGUGGAGGCUGGAGGCGGAGGUGCCUUCAUUGUCCUGCCUCUGGCCAAGACAGGGCGAGUGGAUAAGAACCACCCACUGGUCACUGGGCACACUGCCCCUGUGCUGGACAUUGACUGGUGCCCACACAAUGACAAUGUCAUCGCCAGUGCCUCAGACGACACCACCAUCAUGGUGUGGCAGAUUCCAGACUAUACCCCUAUGCGCAACAUCACAGAACCCAUCAUCACACUAGAAGGCCACUCGAAGCGUGUGGGCAUCCUCUGCUGGCACCCCACUGCCCGGAAUGUCCUGCUCAGUGCAGGUAGUGACAACGUGAUCAUCAUCUGGAACGUGGGCACUGGGGAGGUGCUCCUGAGCCUGGACGACAUGCACCCAGACAUCAUCCACAGCGUGUGCUGGAACAGCAAUGGUAGCCUGCUAGCCACCACCUGCAAGGACAAGACCCUGCGCAUUAUUGAUCCCCGCAAGGGCCAGGUGGUGGCGGAGCGAGCCCGGCCUCACGAGGGCGCCCGCCCGCUGCGGGCCGUCUUCACUGCAGACGGGAAGCUACUCAGCACCGGCUUCAGCAGGAUGAGUGAGCGGCAACUCGCGCUCUGGGACCCGGAGAGGUUUGCUGCCCACGAGGGGAUGAGGCCCAUGCGGGCCAUCUUCACGCGCCAGGGUCAUAUCUUCACUACGGGCUUCACCCGCAUGAGCCAGCGAGAGCUGGGCCUGUGGGACCCGAACAAUUUCGAGGAGCCAGUGGCACUGCAGGAAAUGGACACUAGCAACGGGGUCCUACUGCCCUUCUACGAUCCCGACUCCAGCAUCAUCUACCUAUGCGGCAAGGGCGACAGCAGCAUUCGGUACUUUGAGAUUACCGACGAACCACCUUUCGUGCACUACCUGAACACCUUCAGCAGCAAGGAGCCUCAGAGGGGCAUGGGUUUCAUGCCCAAACGGGGGCUGGAUGUCAGCAAGUGCGAGAUCGCCCGGUUCUACAAGUUGCACGAAAGAAAGUGUGAACCCAUCGUCAUGACUGUGCCCCGCAAGUCAGACUUGUUCCAGGACGACCUGUAUCCAGACACUCCGGGCCCCGAGCCGGCCCUAGAAGCGGACGAAUGGCUGUCGGGCCAGGACGCCGAACCUGUGCUCAUCUCGCUGAGGGAUGGUUACGUGCCCCCCAAGCACCGAGAGCUCCGAGUCACCAAGCCCAACAUCUUGGACGUGCGCCCGCCCUCCGGCCCCCGCCGCAGCCAGUCGGCCCAGGACAGCCCCUUGUCGCAGCAGCACACUCUCGAGAGGUUGCUGGAGGAGAUCAAGGCCCUUCGAGAGCAGGUGCAGGCCCAGGAUCAGCGCAUCACGGCCCUGGAGAACAUGCUGUGCGAGCUGGUGGACGGCACGGACUAGCGCUCCGGGGACAGCUCCGAGCCCGGAGGUCCAGGCUGGGCCGGCUGCCUGGACUCCGCUGGCCCAGGGCUUUGGUCUGGAACUCGGGACCCCACGUCUCUGGGCUGGGGACGGAACCCCCCCCCCCCCCCCAGGAGGCCUAGAGAAACGGAGCGUCUCAGAGACGCGCAUCCCUGGGGCUGUGCGCCUCGUCCGGAACUCAGCAGGAACUGGCCUUGCGAGGCUGGGGCGACAGGACCUCAGCUAUGGUGCCGCACGGUGAGACGUGUCCCCCUCUGUUUCUCGCUCAGGGCAGAGAACGUACUUAGUUAUUAGCGGGAUGCCUGGGGUUAUUUGGAGAACUUGGACUUGACCUCAAAAGGGUGACGAUUCGUUGGGUGUCCCCUGACCGGCUGGGGGGAACUGCAGCGCUUCUCCCGCUAAUCAGUGCACUGGACUCCACAACAUGAACGGUAAACCGAACAGGCAUCAGCCCGGGGGUACAAAUAAAACCCUUUGGCUGUAGAGCUGGCCUCACUGGCCACGCCCAGCAGAGGGGUCUCUUCCCACCUGCGGGGGAGAGGGCAGCUUCCUCCUGGCUCCUCUGCAGGACAUCGAACAGAACUGGCCUGAGGGGGCCGGUUCACCAUGUCUCCCCAGCCCACCCCACCCCCAGUCCUCUGCUGUGGCCUUGACUCUAGGAGGAAAACAAGACAUGCUGAAUGAAACUGUUUACUAAGCGCUCA